CGGAAGAAGAAGAAUUGGCGCAAGUUGUAUUUUUUUAGAAAGAGAAAUAAAAAGGUGAAAUGAUGUGGAGUAAACAUUACAAACAGUGAUUAUAAUGACGUCAGACGGUCAGAGAGGAAGUGUGUUGAUGGAGGAGUUUCUGAAGCACUUUAAAGAUCUCAGCAGAGCGGAUGAGCGCUGGCUGUGUGAUGUGUUUGAGGGUGUGAGACAGCAGCUGUAUCCUCUCAUCAGCUCGUCUCUCAGUCUGUCUGUGGUGCAGUUAACCCUCGCUGUACUGUCGAAGAUUCAGAGAUCUGUGAGUUCAGACGACACGUCUCUACCACUCAGCUACAGGUUUCUGUCGGUGUCAGAGUUGACACGUGAGCAGCGCACCGCAUGCUGCAGCAGCCUCAGCUGGAGCUCCGCCCACUACCGGGAGCAAGCCAGGAGGGCGGAGCAAGCCCUGCCCAAUCACAGAGCACUGCCACGUGACAACCUCCUUCUUAUUGGCUAUCUGUGUGAUGGGCGGGACGUCGGGGCGAGUGACGGGGUCUGGCGGGUCAGAGACGCUGGAGAGAGCGUUCCAUGUGAGAUGUUGAAAUCGUCUCCUCUCUGGUUGGGGAGACUCAUGCUGUUUCCCACAUGGAACUACAUCCCCCAGAAUGCACCGCUACGAGGAGAGAACACCGCCGGAUACUUAGAGCUGAUUGGGUCCCCUGUUUGUGUGACCCCGGAGCCCAUGACCUUUGACCCUGGUGGAUCUCUGAGUGAGGUCAUGAGUGUGAAGAGAGCAGCUGAGCUCCUGAAGCAGAGGUGUGAUGUUCAGGUGCAGGUGUGUGUCAGUGGACAGGUGAGUGUCGUCUGCCCUCUGCUGGUGAUUUCUGGGAAAAGUUUCUUCUGUCUGAUUCUCAGUGAGGGAGGAUCUUCAGUGCCUGUACUCAUCACAGAAGUGAAGCAUCAGUACUGGCAGCGUUGUGUUUGUGUCGGGCAGAGCGUUUGCAUAUCAGCGCUGCGGGUGUGUUCUCUGCGGGGAUGGGCGGAGCAUCCAGUGCUGUCAGUCACCCGUCAGUCCCGCCUCCAUCCACACGUGCAACCGCAGGAAAACUCAGAAGAUACAGAUACACACGCAGUGAUGGACAUACAAACACACACACCUGAAACACACCUGUCCUCCGGUGUAGCCUCAAGCUCCGCCCCUUCAGUGAGAAGAAAACACUCCACACUCAUCAGCUACAAGGGUGUGAUCACAAAGAUAUUGAACGCAGAGGCGGGGCUAUAUGAGAUCGACAAGAAGGUGUGGCUCUGUCUGGCCUAUCAGCCAGUUCAGAAGUGGGGCGGCGGCUUGAGACCGGGGGCGGAGAUUCAGCUUCAUAAUGUUCAUUUCCUGUUUCGCCCGUCCCCGUUUGCGGCAGACGUGGUUCUGUGCGCGUGUUUGCGCUCCAGUGUGCGGAUUAUCACCUUCAGCUGUUUGAGUUCAAAGGUCGAGGCGUCCGGUUCACACAGUCCACUGCAGUGCCAGCUGCUGGAGAAGAAUCUGAGCGCGUCACAGUUUCUCUGGCUCAGCUACUGUCACAAUGCCGUCAAAGAGAGGUUGUGUCCACGCUGGGUGCGACCCGAACGUGUGUGUGUUGUGGCCGGGCGACUGUUGGACUGUGUGUGUGACGCUGAACAGAAAACACACACAAAGAGAGACAUUUACACAGAGAUGCUACAGGAGCCACACAUGUGUCCUGUUACCACGUAUUGUGUGUGUUGGCCGUGUGCAGUGUUGUGGUCAGUGAAGCAGGCUUCUGAUUGGAUGAUCAGUGAGGUGUGGGCGUCGCUCUCUCUCUCGUCUCUUCUACCGCCGGCCGCCGCUCACAUGACCUCAGUGGAGCUGAACGCCGCUCUGUCCUGGUCCGUUCACACUGUCCCGCUUGCUGAAGCGGUUUCUGAUCCGGUUCUGUUGGUCGGGAUUCUAGAGCUGGACUCCACUCGAGCCACACUGCAGCUCAGAGACCAAACACACACACUCGACUGCGUGUGUGUACAAACCAACCAAUCAGGAGCCAGAACAUCAGACAUCAACACGGCCUGGCUGGGUUGUCUGGUGUGUGUGCGGCGCUGUACUUUAGUCAUGGAGCGGUUCAUGAAGACAGACUUCCCCUCCUGGAAAAACACGGAUCAACUGAGCUACAUCACACACAAACACUGCAGGGUGUAUCUUCAGCUGUGUGUGAAUGAUCUGAUCAUAAUCAGUCCAUCUGCGUCCAUGAGCGCCCGUUUGACAGUCGUGAGUUCAGAGUCCACAGAGAGACGAGACAAUCAGGAUGACAGCGGUGAGACGUUCAACAGGAGAGAAACUGCUAAGAGACUCCGAGAGGAUGAUGCUGAUGAUGAUGUCAGUGUUGCUCCAACAGCUAAACGACCUCUGACCCCAUGUGUGAGUGUGGUGUUCAGGCUCGAGUCGAAACAGGGCGUGACGUUCAGGAACUGUUCCAUGUCCGGUGACGCACACACUCUGCAGCUGGCGUUUGUGGUCAGAGCAACGUGUCUGGGAGAUGUUCAGAGCUGGAGCAGCGACCCGAAGAACUGCCGGAUACGGGUGAGAGAGAGAGACGGAGCGAGAACGACGAUGGAGCUGCACUUUACAGAGAAGUGUGUUCGGUGGUUUCCUGUCCUUCAUCCUGGAACUGUGUACAGAUUAAUCACUCUCAACACAGAGGAUGUGAGUGUGUUAAAAGCAGAGAGUGUUUCGGUGAGAGGCGGAGUUAAACUGCUCAGUAGCCCCGCCCUCCUGAUGCAGCCACAGUGGCGCAUACACACACUGACCGAACAACCGCCUGACACACAGGCUGCAGAUGUUCCUUCAUUAAUGACAGUAUCUGAAGUUCUUCACUCCAGCUCCACUCUUGAGAUCAUCUCCUUUUAUGGAGUCAUCUCUCAGCGAAUCACAUUACAGCAGGAGAAUGCAACCAAACCCAGCAUCCCGUCAGUGACUGCUGCCAAAGAUGGAAACACUGAACGGGAUUUGAAGGUCCGUUUGACGGUUCAGGAUUGUGAAUCCGCUGGUCAGUUCGUUCAGGUAUAUGUGGAUUUGUCAUGUGGGCCGUACACACCUGGACUCAUCGCCGGGGCAACCGUUCUACUGCAUCACUUCCAGCGCAAAGUGUCACGAGUGUGUAACGUGUAUUGCCGUUCUCUGCCCAUCAGUUGUGUGACUGUCACUGGUUUGGGGCCUGAUAACUCACGAUCGCUUGGGUGUCAGUCAAGCCCUCCCAUGAUGCUGUUGGGCGAGUGGGCGUCAGGCCGAACACAGCAGUGUGUCGUAGCUGAGGUUAAAGGUCAUGUGGUGUGUGUUUUAUCUCUACGGCUGCAGUGGACGUGUUCUCUCUGUGGGAGUGUCUUCAAACAGUCUUCCUGUACCCGAACUCACCCCGCAUGUGAUUCCAACAGCGCAGUGUUUCAAGCCGAAGCAAAGGUUGUGUUAGAGGACGGUUCUGCUGAAGCUCAGGUCUGGUUCUCCUCUGACACCAUCUCUGAUCUUCUGAUGCUGGAUGCGGCUCAAUGGGAGGGGCUUCAGAGACACGUCAGGGUCAAAGGUCUUGUGAGGGUGUACAUACGUGGGUGGAACAUGAUGUGUGAUGUAGAUCCUGAUGAUUAUCUGGUUCAGUAUUUGUGCUGUUUGUGCUCCAGUAACACAGUGUGCCGACAAAUUCACCUCACCUGCCGACAACAAACACAAAAAACAGGUAAAUCUCACCUGAGGAAAGUGUGUCGAGGACUCACAGAAUUCAUCAGCAGAUUCACACCUGCACUUCAGCUACACUGCACACACAUACACACACACACACUGUAACACACACUCAGUGAUGCACAAAAGCAUCUUUGUCAUAUUCAUGUGUAAUAAUGAUGUAGCAGUAAUUCAAAUGCUGUUGCAUGUUUUGUGUUAUAUUGUAAAAAACACCAGAUCAUCUCUGCUGUCUUUUUUUCUGCCUUUCGUGCGUAAUUGCUUUGAACUGUUUAUUAAAAAAAGAUCAAAAUGAUUGUGAAUAAAAUUUUCUUUUAUUAGAAGUGAAGAUAAAUGUGUAAACCUUAUUUUUAUAUUAUUUUCAAAACUGAAAUAAAGUUAAAUAGUUCAUGUACAUGAUAAGUUUGAUCACUGGCACAUUUCUAAUGAAACUGACUUUGACGCGUCUUUUGAAAGUC